CUCCGAUUGAAGUUCAGUGCGUUUUCCUUCGACCCGCGCACGAAAUGUCAACGAUGGGCAGCUCUCUGUGCGCCGCGGCACUUUUAGCUUUUCUGGUCUUUUCUUUAAGUAUUUUUGUGAACAGUUGGCACUUCAGAGUUCAUAAAGGAAUUUUUACCAAUGGAACUAUUGAGGAUGGUUUUGUUAUGGAGCGUAAAGGAUUAGUUCGAGAACUCAACGAAAGACGCAAGGAAAUUCUUCCUUUCCUCAUUUCUUCUGGGGUAAAGAGUUUAUUGGAUGAAUCGGGACACUUUGGGCAGCACAAAUCAUUUGAAAGUAAACAUUUGGAUGUUAGUUUGGAGAAUGAGAGUGACGUUUCCAGUGGAUCUAUUAGAAUGAAUAAGGAUCAUAUUGGCUGUGAUCAGCUUGUUGAUAUGAAAGCUGUGGAUAUCCUUGGCUCGGGCUAUACCAAAAUAGUACUUAAAGUUAUGUUAUCAGAGGGACAGUAUGUGGCAUUGAAAACUGUGUACGAUCAAGGAACUGACAUGGGGAGAUGUCUCGAGGAUUUUAAAGACCCCUUGGGCUGUCACGAGCUUGUGUCUUUUAAACUGAAAAAAGAAAUAGUUUUAUUGCAGAGACUGCAACAUCCAAACAUCAUAAAGCUCCGAGGCCACUGCGAGGACAGUGUGGGGGCAGGAGGCAUCACAGCCAUCCUGGAGCAGGGCUUCCCACUGCAGAUGAUCCAGCUCCUACAGAGCCCCUGGGAGGAACGAUUUCGGGUUUGUUUGGGCCUGGUGAGGCUUCUCCACUACCUCUCCCACUCCCCUCUGGGCUCAGUGGCUCUAUUGGACUUCCAGCCCCGUCAGUUUGUCAUGGUGUCUGGGGAGCUGAAGCUCACAGACCUGGAUGAUGCUAGCGUGACGGAGCCUGCCUGUCAGAUGGACCAGGACUGCAUCUUACAGUUCCCCCUUCGCAACUUCAGCCUGCCCUGCUCGGCCCAGGGAGUGUGUGAGGGCCUCAACGAGAUGAGGAAUCUCUACAACGCCUACAGGUAUUUUUUCACCUAUCUGCUGCCUCACCAAGCCCCGCCUGCUCUGAGACAUCUGGUGGAUCACAUCAUGAACUCAACGGGAGAGCUGAAAGGGGAUGUGAAUGACACGCUGGAAGCUUUUGAAGACAUGUUCCAUCUGUACAAAUCCGGCCUGCACCUGGACAACAUGCCUUCGUCAAUAAUCAGAGAUUAUGAAGUCAUGAAAGGCAUGAGCACCUCUGGAAAUAUGGAAUACAGAUGCUGGCCCUCGUACAACCACCAAGGCUGCAUGCUGUCGGUGCACAGCGACAAGGAGGCGGCCUUUAUCUGUAACUCCCUUCCUCAGUGCACUAGCUUCAGCCUGAGCGACCAGAGGACUUGGACAGGACGGCUCCUCGCCUCGUUCCAAAGUGGUUUCAGCCAUUUGGUUACAGAUGGGAACUCGGAGGUGUAUUUGAAAAAGACAAAAGCAUCACCAGGAACUACGGUGUAAGGAGUGGGACAACGGGAGUUGGGGAAUGCAGGGAGGGUGUUUUUGAAGCGAAUGAAUGAAUGUGAUAUAUUUAUAGGGCUUUUGCUCAGUGGCUUGCUUGAUCUGGCUGCCAAUCCUGCAUGCUGCCAAUAAUUAUUUAAAGGGAUUCCCCAUCAGAUAUAAUUAUGAAAAAAUAGUGCCCUCACUGUUCAGUCUCCCCUCUCUCUUUAUUUGCAUUGUGUGUUGUGUUUGCGAGGCUACAUUGGUCCAGUGGUAGGACUCGAAACCCCACUCUGACUGUUUGAUGCCUGGAUGAGAAAAAAAACAACUACACUUUGAUGUUAAUGCGCCAUGAAACUUUGUGGCUUGGCGUAGGGAUACGGGUUUGUGCAUUGAGGGCUGCACAUGGUAACAAGCAUAUAAGUGCUUACAUCACAGCAGUUGGCCUAGAUGAUUACAACCAUUCCAGUCCCCAAUAGUUGUCUUUGAUUUUAAUGCCAAAUUAAGUUAAUGCCAUAUGUGAUGUUAAAAUAUAAUUAUCAUUACAUUGUUUGUGUAUAAUAUGUACACCUUGUGGGUGUGAACCUGUUUAACUUUUUCAAUGAAAGGGAUUCUGUUCAAUGACAAUUCAUUCUGUACUUGACAUUCUGUACUUUGUUAUUAUGGUUGUUUUAUA